AUGGACCAACCAAUUUUCAUCUCCAACCGAGCUAUUUCCCGGAUACCCGCGGUCGAAAAUUGGCAAAGAAGCUAUGGCCGUGUUCUAAACAUCACUGGCGAUACUGGCUACGGAAAGACUUCUUAUGCAGCUGCUCUUGCCGAGCAGAAACUUCAAGAGUCCUCACAAACAAAUGCUUUUGCUGGCUUCGCGUUUUGUCGCGGCCUUACAUCCUCGGCAAUUUUCAGAAGUUUGUUAUGGCAAUUUACUCAGGUUGGCCACACGAAGCAUGAGCAAGCUCAACAAGUCAUGCAGGCAUUUCACCGACAUUCCCACUCGGAAACGGACGCAGGAAUCACAUCAGAUGGAGGGGGUGUGGUCUUCAGAGAGAUUUAUGAGAAGCUUCUAAGCGAUUACGAUCAGGUGACGCUAAUUUUGGAUGCUGUCGACCAAUGCAGAUCUCAGGAACACUUCAUACGUCAUAUCUCAAGAUUAGCAUCGUAUCUGUCUAGAGCCCAGGUCAAAUGCAGAAUUCUACUCACUAGCCGGAUCGCCAUCGAAUGGCCAGAAGCGGAAAAAAGCAAUAUAUCCCAUCAAGUCAUACCGAUAACAGAAAAUGAAAUGAUAGAUGACAUCAUCCAAUAUGUCAGUCGCUCUCUACAGAACCUGCGACCUCCCGUGUCGGAGUCCUCACAGGCUAGAAUCCUGUUGAAAUGUUCUCACGUGGCAGGAGAUGGUUGGCCAUAUGCGAUGCACAAAAUGGCCACUGAAUACCUCUCCGAAGGCAGGCAUAUUGCAGCUCAAAGGAUUGAGGAGUCCGUAUUAGAUUACAGGAAAGACAAAUUUCCGGAAGAAAGCAUACCGACUAUCGAGUGCAAGAGGGUACUUGCAUCCGCAUUGGGGGACCAAGGACUAUACCAAGAAGCUGAAGCUUUGCAACGGCAACUCCUGAACACGUUGCGGCUUAAGCAAUCAGAUAGUACACUCGUUCACGUGAUUAUGAGUGACCUCGCUCACACACUAGCUGACAGUGAGAGGUGGGCAGAAGCCAAGGAAGUUCAACUUCAAUUGGUAGAUAUCUGGGAACGAGGUGGCCCGGAGACCGUAGGUCAGUUGAGGACAGGAAUAAAGAACCUUGCUAUCACCUGCAGUAACCUAGGAGAACUGGACGAGGCAGAGAGAAUGUUGCGACAGGGCCUGGAUCGCGACAUUGAGGCUUUUGGAGACAACAUGGACCACGAAUCAAUUGUGCUUGAUAAAAUCAAUCUUGGACAAAUUCUGGCACAACAGGAAAAAUGGGACGAAGCAAGAGUACUGCAAUUGAGCGCUGUGGAAGCAAGCCUUCGAAUCUUUGGACUGGACAGUCCGAUUACGUUAAAUUGCAUGUCUAACGCAGCUUGGGCAUUGCAACAACAGGGUGAGUACGUAGAAGCAAAGGAGCUUCAACUUGAAGUUGUUGCUGGGAGAACCCGUAUGUACGGGCCUGAUCAUCCCUUGACUCUCAAAAUAUGUGGCAACCUUGCAGCGACACUAGGCGGACUUCAUGAAUUUGAUGAAGCCCGGAAGUACGCCAGGCGAGCACUGGGAUAUUAUGUUGCUUCGUGA